AUGGCGUUUCUCAUUAAGAGCAUGGUGGGGAACCCGCUGAAAGGGAUGGGACUCGGAGGAGGAGAAGAGAAAUCCGAAGCAGAAACUCCAAAGGACCCGGCGGCGGCGGCUGGGAUGACCCGAGAGGAAUAUGAGGAGUAUCAGAAACAACUGGUGGAGGAGAAGAUGGAGAGAGAUGCUGAUUUCCUACACAGGAAGGCAGAGAGGGCAAAUCUCAGGGUAUGUCUUCGGGAGAAAUACAGACUGCCAAAGAGCGAGCAGGACGAGAACAUGAUUCAGAUCGCCGGGGAUGAUGUGGACGUGCCCGAGGAGCUGCUGAAAAUGGUGGACGAGGACGCGACGGAGGAGGAGGAGAAAGAUUCCAUCCUGGGCCAGAUACAGAACCUGCAGAACAUGGACAUGGAGCAGAUGAAGGAGAAAGCCACGGCCACGUUUAACGAGAUAAAGGGCAAGGCCGAGGAGAAGUGCUGCGUCAUGUAACCAUCCUGACAAGAUGCAACACGUGGUGGCAAGAGAGAGAGAGAGAGAGAGAGAGAGAGAGAUUAUUGUGUUUUAUGUUAUGUAAAAGCAUCUGGUUGAAUUGAUGAACUUGAACGUGAGCAGAUGAGAUGAAUCAGGUGUUUAGAAAAAGAGUACGAGCGAAAAUUAAUUAAUUUAUACUUGAUCUAUUAUUUCAACAACAACAUAAACUGCACUUGAAACUAUUCUUAGUAUUUAUUACAGAGUCACUUCACUACUUUAUUCAGUAUUUUCAGCAAGGCUGUGUGUGAUUAUGUGUUAGUGAAUCUGUUUCUGUGAGUGCUUAUGAGAGAGUAUGAACGCUUUAUUGAAAAAUAAUCAAAGGUUAUAUAUUGGUGUUUGGAUUUUUUAAAUGUAACUGCAUGCUAAUUAAACUGGAAGCUACUGUUCUAUACUCACUGUAUAAAAAGAAGAGUUUGUUGUGUUUAUAUUUAUAUUUAUAUUGAUCACAUUUGUGUUAUAACAGAGGAUUAUUUCCCGUUUUUCUAUGUCCUGGUGGAAAAAUGAACAAUAUACAGUUUUUGUCUCUCACACACUAAUUCAUAUAUGAUA